AGAGGCGGAAGUGCCGCGGGGCCGCCUUCUCUGUCCCGGCUGCGGCCCCUGCCGGUUACAUAACCCGUCGCAGGGGAGACCCCGCAGUCCCACGUCCGGCUUCCCGGCUCCCCCAGGAUGCGCUGAGCCCGCGACGCCGUCCGCUGCCGCCGGCUCCCGUCCGAGGUGUGAAUGACAGAGGUGGUACCCUCCAGCGCCCUCAGCGAGGUCAGUCUGCGCCUCCUGUGCCACGAUGACAUAGACACUGUGAAGCAGCUGUGUGGCGACUGGUUCCCCAUUGAGUACCCAGACUCAUGGUAUCGUGACAUCACAUCCAACAAGAAGUUCUUCUCCCUUGCUGCAACCUACAGAGGCGCCAUUGUGGGAAUGAUAGUAGCAGAAAUAAAGAAUAGGACCAAAAUACAUAAAGAGGAUGGAGAUAUUCUAGCCUCCAGCUUCUCUGUGGACACACAAGUUGCAUACAUUUUAAGUCUUGGAGUGGUGAAAGAAUUCAGAAAACACGGCAUAGGUUCCCUUUUACUAGAAAGUUUAAAGGAUCAUAUUUCAACCACCGCCCAGGACCACUGCAAAGCCAUCUACCUGCAUGUUCUCACCACCAACAAUACAGCAAUAAACUUCUAUGAAAACAGAGACUUUAGGCAGCAUCACUAUCUGCCCUAUUACUACUCCAUCCGAGGGGUCCUCAAAGAUGGCUUCACCUAUGUCCUCUACAUCAAUGGCGGCCACCCUCCCUGGACCAUCUUAGACUACAUCCAGCACCUGGGCUCCGCACUGGCCAACCUGAGCCCCUGCUCCAUCCCACACAGGAUCUACCGCCAGGCCCACAGCCUGCUCUGCAGCUUUCUGCCAUGGUCCAGCAUCUCCACCAAAGGUGGCAUUGAGUACAGCCGUACCAUGUAAUGCCGUUGGGUCAGCCUCCACCAGUCCCCUGUCCUCAGCACUCUGUGGAGCCUGUUUUCCCGUCUGACUGACUUCUGCUAUCCUUUGUGAGGAGCGGGUGGCCACCUGCCAGCCCAUCAGCCUGCCCCCACUGCAGGCCCGGUGCUAUGCUGGCUCAGGAGCAGAGUGUAUGCCUAGUCGGUCAUCAACAGUGCUGUCACCAGUGCAUCUCUGUGUGACAUGCUCAAGCCCUGCAUGGGCUCCCUGUGCUGACAGCUUGUAACUGAAGAGAAGAUUCUGCUUGGAGGCAGCCAUUUUGGUUGCCGAGAGCUGGAAUCCCAGGCCAAGAGAACAGAAUUGCAGAGCUGGAAGAGGCUCGGGUGCUGCAGAGCCAUGCUGUUGACCAUCCACAUAGAGGCUUGAUAAACACUCAGGCUCUCCUUCCUGCUUCUGGAAACCUCUCCCACCUGGAACCCUUGUCCUGCUUUUAUGCACUGGCACCACCCAAUGGCCUGGCAGGUGUGGGGAAGGGCUUUCAGGCCUCUCCUCUGCCUCCUAACUCCUUCAGCUCUUUCCUACAAGAUGGACUGAACUUGGCUGAAAAAAUGUGGAUACCUUUGACCCUGAAGACACAGGAACCUUAGAAUAAAGAGGCACAGCAAAGAGAAUGUCAGGUUUUUGUAUAGGAAUGCCCUAAGGAAGCUUAGACAGUGGAAGCCGCUCUACCUCCUCCACGAAAGGCUGGCUGGAGACUGGGGACAGGGGCUGCCCCUGCGAGAGAACGGAAGGCUUCAAGAAUCAGCCCUCUCCAUAGACAGUUCCCUGUUGCUCAGUGGCUUCCUACUGUCCAGAAGGACCAUCCUGCCUGUUGAACCUGGCAUGCUCCGCAUAGCUGACCUCCACUGGGAGCUGAGCCAAGGACAGGUAGCUAUUGGCUUCUGGGUGCCUUCCCUGCUCAUCCUAGAAGCUGAAACUUCAAGGCCUGGCCAAAUGCAGACAGGAGGAGGCUGAGCUCUACAUUGGGCAUUGCUGCUGCUGUGGACCCUUGGGACCCGGCCUUGGGAGCAGAGGGCAGUUGGUGCCUGUGGUCCUUCAGCCUGUAAGGCAGAGGCUCUGUCAGUACCAUGAAUUGUGCUUGUAGCAUACAUCUCAAGUUUCCAGCAUCCCUUCUCUUGUGCCCCCAAAUGUGUAUUGUCAAUGGUCCUGCCCAGGAUUGCUGCAGUGUUACAGGAGCCCUUGCAGGGUGUCCUCAGAGCCACUCACUGUGCCAGACUGAGGAAGAACGCUUCAUUGACAGGCCUCAUUUCCGAGUGCUUCCCUCCCUCAGCAUCUCCUGGCUCAGGGCUCUCAGGCUUUAGAGCCACCAAGGCUGCCUGGCCUCAGAGAGGAAAGGGUCCUCACAAAGGAAGGCCAAGGCAGGAAAAGUAUCCCUUUUCCUCAGCAGAACUGGCCAGUAGGUGGCCAGUGUCCUGAGUGGAUUCAGUUGUGUGUGGAGGCCCCAGCCCCGCUUCCCCUCCCUUUUCAGUUAGUGGUGAUCAUGUGAUUUUCAUUUCUGCCCUGUGUGGUCAAGGAAGAGUCUUCCAGAAGGUUCUGACUUGGACAUUCAUAAAUCCAACUCAAAGGCCUCAAUGUGUGUCCCCCCCCCCCCCGUUCUGUAAUUACUGCAGUGCCCAGCCCAGUGUUGAACAAAUUGUAGUGUGUAGUCUCAUUACAAGCAAAUAAAUCCUUUCACUAGUCUCA